GCAGCCACAGUACGUACGCGAACGUGCAUGGAGUGUCAUCGCGUUCGUCUUCGCUUCGCAUUUCCAAGAGGAGCCUCUUAUAUUCUUCGCGCAGCACGAUUCGCGAAUUUUUAACUUUUACUUCAGUUACAUUAACAUUUAUAUACGAUAUAAUACAAAUUCUCGCAUUAUUCGUGCUCUCUUACCAUCUGUAAAACAUUUCGCGCGCUGCGAAACUCGACUUAAUUCAAAAUUCGCGGUUCGUCUCGCGGUAUUGUGUGGUCAAAGAGUGCGUGUCGGGACAUAAAAAGUAGUAUAUUUUUUGAUCAUUUAUCGUAUUUGUCACGAGAUCAGUGAUAUAUACGAACCGGGAAACAUGUAAGAAACACAGUUAAAAGGAAGAGAAAAGAAAGAAAUAAAGAGAAAGCCGUCGCGUUCUCGAACUACGUCUGGAACAACGAUCGAAUCGGAUCACGGACGACGUUCGAUCUCGAUCUGUCAGCCUCGGGAUCGACUGCCGAUGCGAAUCCUCGAUCGAUAUCGACGCUCGUAAGAAUGCGUGGCUGAAACGACGGACGACCUUGUCUUUUCUUUUUUUUACCAUUGAACCAACGAACGAACCAGCCAGUGUCCACCACGCUUUAACUUCGAAUCGAAAUUGAAGAUGCGGCCCGUCGUCACGACCUUCUUACUCGUACCAUUGCUGUUCAUCGCGUGGCAAAACGGCGCGCAGGCCAACUGGUGGUAUCUGGGUGUUGAGCCACGGCUGAAUAGCGGAUCAAGUUCUGGAAGCGGUGGCGAUGGUCAAGCGCAGAUCGUUGGCGCGGGUGUGAUCGGGCCGGCAAGUGCCGAAAAGAACUGCAAGAGUGUGCACCUGACCGCGAAGCAGCAGGCGAUAUGCUCCCGCUCGCCUCCAGUCCUGCAGGCAGUCAGCGCGGGCGCGAGGUUGGCCAUUGAGGAAUGUCAGCACCAGUUUCGGUCGGCCAGAUGGAAUUGCUCCAUCAGCCCGGAAAAUCCGGACAACAUUUUCGGCGGUGUGAUGCUAGUCAACAGUCGCGAGGCAGCGUUCGUGUACGCAAUAUCGGCGGCGGGAGUUGCUUACAGUGUCACCAGAGCCUGUUCCAGGGGCGAACUCACCGAUUGCUCGUGCGACAACCGAGUCAGAACACGCCACCCGAAUAAUUGGCAAUGGGGCGGCUGCAGCGAGGACAUCCACUUCGGAGAGAAAUUCUCGCGAGAAUGGUCUGAUAGUAGCGAGGAACCCGUGAAGGAGGGUGUGCUGCACGGACCAAAAGGGCUGGCUGGCCAGCUGAUGAGGAAGCAUGAUAGCGAAUCUGGCAGGCGCGCGGUUCGCUCGAGAAUGCAACGCGUGUGCAAAUGCCAUGGAAUGUCUGGGUCAUGCAGCGUACGCGUCUGUUGGAGAAGACUGCCGGCAUUCAGGGUGGCUGGGGCAGCGUUAGCCGCGUUGCACGAAGGAGCAGCGUUGGUACGACUGGCACAACGUGGAGGUAGAAGACCAGCGAGAUUGAGGCCUGCUCGUCCAGACCUCAAACGACCUAAUAAAACGGACCUAGUGUACCUUGAAGAUAGUCCUGACUAUUGUGAAAAAAAUAUCACGCUCGGUAUUCCCGGGACUAGAGGAAGGAUAUGCAAUCGAACAUCCCUUGGUUUGGACGGAUGUCGAUUACUAUGCUGCGGUCGGGGAUACCAGACGAGAGUCCGGGACGUGACCGAGAAAUGCAAUUGUCGAUUCGUCUGGUGUUGUCACGUGAAGUGCGAGCUGUGUCGGCACAAACGGGAAGAGCACGUGUGCAAUUAGGCGGUAAACAAAAGAAAAGAUAAGAAAAGGAAAAAAGAAGAAGAAGAAGCAAAAAAAAUUGCAUUCCGGUCGGCCUACCUACCGAAAGGUGCUUAACGACCCUCUGCGUCGAGGCAGUUUCUCCACGAUCCCUCGAUACACGAUGGCCCGUUCUCAUGGUCGCAAUGGAAUCAGGGUAGAGAUCGCGCAUCUACCAUCCCCGUGUUUUUUCUUUUUCUGAUAUUUGUUUCUUUUAGUUUGUAUUUUUUUCUUUUUUUUUUUUUUUUUUUUGUUUGUUUAAGUUAAUUCAAUCGAGGCCGAUUUGGCUCCAGAUAUGGAAGUCAGUCGCGUGCCGAGUAGAGAAAAGCGCCGCGAGAGGCUACGAAGAGUAACACGUUACGUUUAUAGUGCAUUCUGUACCUGACAGUCAGAGUGUCGUAAGUCCACCGCGCUUCGGCAACUAUCGACCUUGAGCGUAUAUAAUGUAGUUUCCGGACGGUUAGAAUGUUAAGAUGUCAGGAUGUAUCUAAACGUGUUUACGAUGUACAAAAUGAUACACGUGAUACCUUAAUAUCUCUGUUGUUUUUGGUAAUAGAAACGGAUUAAUUACACCCAUCAAAAAGUCAUAUUGCUUUCAAUUGAAAGAAUUGUUACUGAGUUACUUGUGGAAGUGUUAACAUAUAAAAAAAUCUGAACUUUGAGUAAUCCUGAAUUAUUGAAUAAUCGAAAACAAUUCUGAACAAUCGCCGAAAUAUCUCUUAAGAUAAACAAAAUUUAGUUAUUUUAGAAAGCAUCAUUUUUCAUAUUAUCAAACACCAUAGAGAUAUUUAAAAUAAUCCAAGCAAAAUAGAACAUCCUGUAGAAAGAACUUUGGAGUAAAAAAGAUGCCUGUCAUAAAACUGGAGUCGUCUCAGUAUUAACGUUGCGACAGUGAGUCCAAGGUGUCUAUGCGGUUGCACAGUUACGUGGCUUAUUAUAUUAGUCUGGCUCUCAGGUGCACCAUUAUUUAUGUAAAUGUUAACAUGUUGAGGAUCGACGAUGAAAAAUUACCAAUUCACCAAUUUCCACGGAUAUCUAAAAAUGUAACGGGAAUUGGGCUCGACUAUAAGAGCAUAUAUCAUGCGCGCAAUAGUGCUCGUCUUAUACUACAAUUUACGUAAUCGUAGGAAGAGCGAAAUUGAACCUUUCGAAAAGGAUCUUGUUUUAAUCGAUGAAACUACUGUGUAGCGAUGAAUAUUUUAUUCGACAUUGAGAGCAGCUAAACGUAUUCGCAGCGUACUGAUCCUUGGCUGAAACUCAAUAUGUUAAUAAUUUACGAUUUUUGCUGACGCGAGAGGGAGAGAGAGUGAGAACAUGACGAUAAUAGAGAAGCGUGCGAGUGUUUCCGCGUGAACGAGAUCGAGUGUCCGGAUAAGCGAGAAUCUGAACACGAGGAUGAAAUAGAGUAAUAUAGGCGAGAUAUUAGGCCACUCGACGACCAUUCUUCCCUCUAUUCCUUUCUUUCCAUUUUUCAACUGUUUCCUUUCUUUCCAUAUUUUUGUUUUCCUCUUCUUUUCUAAUUUUCUGUUCGUGCUCGCACAUUUGCGUAUGGCGCGAGAGUCUUAUUUAUAUUCGAAGUAAAAACCUCCACGAUGUGUAGGUAUCUCAUUGUAUACCAAUGCUCUCUAGCGCCUAGAACCACCUUGUCUUCACCUAAAUACGAAGCGAAUUACAGUGAGCUGCAAAAAUACGCUUAUGCGCUUUGCAGCCGGAAAUGAAACGCUAUAUAGGUUAUACCGAAACUUUUAAAAUACUGUUCUGGCUAUAACGCAUCCAAUAACUUUUGAACAUAAUUUUCAUAUUUAACGUAACAUUUUAUAAUUAUCAAUAAUAAAAUAUGUCAAAGUCCGAAUUAUAAAAAAAUGUUAAAGAUAUAACGAUAUAGUGACCAAACAUUGAGUGGUGAGGAUGGCGAAGCGACGAUCUUGAGCGGCUCCCCCGAAUUUGUCCAAGCUAUAUAGCCUCUUGGAACCAUAUUUUAAAAGUUCCAGCGUAACUUAUGCAAGCCAUACGCGUUAUGCUUUACGUCUGCAGGCGUCUAAAUAUGUACUUUCACGACUCACUGUACACUACUCGCAGUAUGUCGGCCGCGUAUCGGCGAACAAUGCGAGUUACGAGGAGCGAGGCGGACUACGAAAGCGAGAGUCUACAUCAGAGAAAAGAGUACAGAGAGCGGGAGAGGAGUGUAGGGAACAAAUAAAGGAAAAGGAGGCCGCGAUAGCAACACAUAUCCGCUCUCGACAGUUCGCCUCGAGUCACUCGAUUCGGGAACAAUUCUGCCAAUGACUGUACAUACUGUCUCCUUACCGUUUUGUAGAUUUUACGUCCACGACUGCCGCGCUGUAUAUAGAUAAGCAUAUAUACAUACAGAACAUGUAUUGUUGGUGGAAGCAACAUAGUGAGGUUAUAUAAAUUGAAACAUUAAACGGCGACAUUGAUAUUGUCGCAUCUAGAAUCAUAGGUGUCUCAUAGCGGCAUCUUGAACUUCAAGUUAUAAACGUGAACUGAUACUUAAAUGUGUGAAUGUAUAUUCACAAUUUUAGUAUAAUGUGCACUGUGUGAAAAGAUAGUAAAUUAUGAAAUUCUAAAAUUUGCUUCUCAAAUUGUAUAAUGUACAAUAUUUGUUUAAAUGUGCUACAAACGAAGAAGCAAUUCUGAGUUGACAUAAUAUAUCUAUGUUUUAGAUUGCCGUUAGGGCUAUGAAAUAGACUUGUAAUCACGCUAUAUCGCUUCUGCCAGCUAUGCAUGAAAACACGAUCGAUGUUAAUUAGAUUCAUUGAAUGCUGCAUUGAGAGAGAAACUGGAGCAUUUUGAAAAGAGUGAUCGCUCCUGCGUUUUCCGCAGCCUCCCUCCUCUCAUCUUUUAUUUUUCCUUUCUUUGUUCUUUCAUUUCGUUUCUUUGCUUUUUAUUCAUCCUCAUGAAACAACUUCCAUCAGUAUAUUUUAUUGUAUUUCUUCAUAGGGAGUAACGUUCUAUAAUAUCUCAUUGCGCGAAGUGGAAGCUACCGUUUCGUCGCAUUUCAGCCACGCUGAUCUAGAUGGAUCACAGUCUAGUCAAUUACGAAGUCCGAAUUGAUCAUGUGUCGCGAUCUCUUAAUUACGAUUGCUCGAUGAUUUUUCGCUUUUACGAGACAAUUUUUUAAUCUUCUUUUUUAUACUAAAAACAAUUUUUUAUACUGAAUAUAUGUACAGCUUUUACUCUGUAUUUUUUUCUUCUUUUUACAAUGACCAAUAUUUUAUACGAAGAUCGGUUUUUUUACACCCGUCUUACGUGACGAUGAUCUUUUUUUCUUAAAUCUAUAUGAGGUAACGAAUUGUUUGAUGACAUGUGUCGAUAGCAACGAUAUGCGAAUGUACAGGGUGUUAUAUUUAGAUUAUAUCUUUGAACGAUUCCGAAAAUUAUUCGUUGCAAGUGAAAAAUGUUUCACUAUUAUUCUACAAAGAUUAUGAAGAAAACCUAUUUUCAUAUUUUUCAUUUGUUUACAAGA